UCGGUAAUCUAUGCUAAUGUAAGUUGAAGCGUCGUUUUUUCAACUCGUUAUGGGGCUUUUUCCUUCGAAAUCGAAAACAGCUGCUCAGGGAACUCUACAAACCCAGCAAGCUAGCGCGCCACAGAAUACUACUCCUUCGGUUGAACCUCAAAAUCAAACCCAGGCAAAUCAGGAGCCACAAACUGUUAAACAAUAUUCCAACGGCGACGACAUGACUUUGCCAAAUCAGCUUUCGAGUCCUGAUGCAAACCCCAAAAUGCUGAUGAAGAAGCACCUCACUCCAGAGGUGUACAAAGCUUUGAAGGAUAAAAAGACCGCCGGCGGUUUCACUUUGCACGAUCUGAUAAACUCUGGCUUGGUGAAUCUUGACUCUUCUACUGGCUGUUACGCUGGCGAUGAGGAAAGCUACACCCUGUUCGCGCCAUUACUGAAUCCUGUUAUUGAGGAGUACCACAGCCCUUACAAGUUGGCAGAUGGCCAUACAUCAGACAUGAACCCAGAUAAUGUUGAUGCACCAGACUUAGACCCUGAGGGAUCUUUCAUUCGGUCUACACGUAUACGUGUUGCCCGAAAUCUCAGUGGCUACCCACUAACACCCAAUUUAUCCAAAGAACAACGACUCGAGGUCGAAAAGAAGGUCGUCGGCGUCUUGACGUCUUUGACCGGUGAUCUCGCUGGAAAGUACUAUCCGCUGUCAGGAAUGGACGAGGAGACCCGCCAGCAGUUGGUGGAUGACCAUUUCUUGUUCAAGAAAGGCGAUCGCUUCCUAGAGGCGGCUGGCGUCAAUAAGGAAUGGCCUGAGGGACGAGGUAUCUUCCAUAAUGACAGCAAGACCUUCUUAGUCUGGGUGAACGAGGAGGAUCAACUUCGCAUAAUCAGCAUGGAGAUGGGUGGCGACAUCAAAUCCGUACUCACUCGCCUGUGUCUUGCUGUGAACGAGAUAGACAAGCAGCUGGGUUUCCAGCAGACUAAGCAGCAUGGGUAUCUGUCCUCGUGCCCAACUAAUUUGGGUACAGGAAUGCGCGCUAGUGUGCACGUGAAAAUCCCACAUGCCAGUAUACACCCAGACUUUAAGAAUAUUUGUGAUCAAUAUCAUAUUCAGCCUCGUGGAAUCCAUGGUGAACAUUCCGAGUCCACUGGAGCGGAUGCUGGUGUUUAUGACAUCAGUAACCGCCGGCGCUUAGGUCUGUCCGAGGUUCAAUGUGUUAAGGACAUGUAUGAAGGGGUGAAAAAGCUGCUGGAGAUCGAGAAAGAUGCUAUUGCUGAAAAGGAAGCCAUGUUCCCAGAAGCUCUCAACAAGCCCGAGGUAAAGUCUCUGCUGAAGAAGUAUCUUACUGAGGACACUUUUAAUGAGCUAAAGGAUAAGAAGACAGCUAGAGGCUGUACUCUUUGGAAUCAAAUCAACUCUGGUGUGGAGAACCUUGACUCUUCCACUGGCGUUUAUGCUUCAGAACAGGAAGCAUAUACCCUGUUUGGCAAAAUGUUCGACGCCAUCAUCGAAGACUAUCAUGCUCCCUACAAACUUUCAGACAAGCAUGUCACCGAUAUGAACCCAGACAAGGUUGAGGCUCCAGAUCUGGAUCCUGACCACAAGUUCAUCAGAUCCACGCGCAUCAGAGUAGCGCGAAAUCUCCAAGGCCACGGUUUGCCACCCAGUAUUCAUAACAAAGAGAGACUGGAAAUUGAAUCAAAGAUCGUAAAAGUUCUAACGUCCUUAACCGGAGAUCUAGCCGGAAAGUACUACCCUCUGACUGGAAUGACUGAAGAAACCAGGAGGAAGCUUGUGGAGGACCACUUCCUGUUCAAGAAGGGUGACCGCUUCUUGGAGUCCGCGGGCAUCAACAAGAUGUGGCCUCAAGGUCGAGGAAUCUUUCACAAUGACAACAAAACUUUCUUAGUAUGGGUGAACGAAGAGGACCACUUAAGGAUUAUCAGUAUGGAGAAAGGAAGCGAUAUCAAGUCAGUGUUUGAGCGCCUAUGCUUGGCUGUCAAUGAGCUGGACAAACAAAUUGGAUUUCAACACGACGAAUACCGUGGAAAUCUUUCCUCGUGUCCAACUAAUCUGGGCACAGGUAUGCGUGCUAGUGUGCACGUGAAAAUCCCGCACGCCAGUGAACAUCCCGAUUUUAAGAAGAUUUGUGACGAAUUCCACAUUCAGGCACGUGGAAUCCAUGGCGAACACUCCGUGUCUACCGGAGAAGAUGCUGGAGUUUUUGACAUCAGUAACCGCAGACGACUGGGUUUGUCGGAGGUGCAGUGUGUGCAGGACAUGUACAAUGGCGUCAAGAAACUUCUGGAGAUUGAGGAAGAAGCUCUUGCUAAGUCAUAAACGAAUCUAACUAAAUUCCAGUGUUAGACUUAAUGCAAAAGGGUCUCAAAAAUAAACGUGUGGGAAUUUUUCAUUCAAAAAGUGUUUAAUUCCAAAUUACUUUUCUUUGAAGUGUUUGAAGUGUUAGCAGGUUGGGCUUGUAAUUGUAAUUUUGCUAAAGAAGUGAUAGAUGAGUCUGAAACAGGUGUGAUUAUUGUGGCAGUUUCAGCUGUGGAUGUGGGUUUUCGAGUGACAAAUAUUUGAGGUCUGAUUAGUGACUAGCUUUUCAGGUUUAAAAUAAAGGUGAUGAUAUUGCUGUU